AUGCCGGCCCCGCUGCCCCUCCUGCCGCUGCUUGUGGCCGCCGGACUGGCUGCAGGGGCCCACCUGCUGCCGGAGCCUUGGGGCCAUGCGGGGGUGUGCCCCAACCAGCUCAGCCCCAACCUGUGGGUGGACGCCCAGAGCACCUGCGAGCGCGAGUGCCUCGGGGACCAGGACUGCGCCGUUGCCGAGAAGUGCUGCCCCAACGUGUGCGGGCUGCGGAGCUGCGUGGCCGCGCGCUUCGCCCAGGGGGGCCCAUCCACACCCGCGCCGGCCGCCUCCUGCGAGGGCUUCGUGUGCGCGCAGCAGGGCUCCACCUGCGACCUGUGGGAUGGGCAGCCCGUGUGCCGCUGCCGCGACCGCUGUGGCAAGGAGCCUGCCUUCACCUGCGCCUCCGACGGCCUCACCUACUACAACCGCUGCUACAUGGACGCCGAGGCCUGCUUGCGCGGCCGGCGUCUCCACGUCGUGCCCUGCAAGCACGUGCUUGGCGGGCCGCCCAGCAGCCCCGGGCCCCCCGAGACCACGGUGCGCCCCAACCCAGGGGCUGAGGGCACCCUCCCGGUGCCGCCCGCCCUGUUCAGCAGCCCCGCGCCCCAGGCCGUGCCUGUGGGCGGUACCGCCAGCCUGCACUGCGACGUGGGCGGCCGCCCACCGCCGGCCGUCACCUGGGAGAAGCAGAGCGAGCAGCGGGAGAACCUGAUCAUGCGGCCGGACCAGAUGUACGGCAACGUGGCGGUCACCAGCAUCGGGCAGCUGGUGCUGUACAACGCGCGGCCCGAGGACGCCGGCGUCUACACCUGCACCGCCCGCAACGCCGCCGGCUUGCUGCGCGCCGACUUCCCGCUCUCCGUGGUGCAGCGCGAGCCGCCCGGGGGCCCCAGCGCCCCGGGCCCGGCCGAGUGCCUCCGCGCGCCCCCCGCGCCCACCUGCGCCGCGCCCGCCGCCGCCCGCGUGCACUGGCACCUGGACCCGCAGCGCGGCGGCUGCAUGGCCUUCCCGGCCCGCGCGUGCGCCCGCGGCGGCUUCGACACCUACGAGGCAUGUCAGCUGGCGUGCGCGCGGGGGCCCGGAGACGCGUGCGCGCUGCCCGCCGUGCAGGGCUCCUGCGAGCGCUGGGAGCCGCGCUGGGCCUACAGCCCGCUGCUGCGCCGCUGCCACGCCUUCGUCUACGGCGGCUGCGACGGCAACGGCAACAACUUCGAGAGCCGCGAGAGCUGCGAAGACGCGUGCCCCGUGCCGCGCGCGCCGCCCUGCCGCGCCUGCCGCCUCAGGAGCAAGCUGGCCCUCAGCCUGUGCCGCAGCGACUUCGCCAUCGUCGGCCGCCUCACUGAGGUGCUGGAGGAGCCCGCGGCCGCCGGCGGCGGCGGCAUCGCGCGCGUGGCCCUCGACGACGUGCUCAAGGACGACAAGAUGGGCCUCAAGUUUUUCGGCACACGCUACCUGGAGGUGACGCUGCACGGCGUGGACUGGGCCUGCCCGUGCCCCAACGUGACGGCCGGCGACGGGCCGCUGGUGCUCAUGGGCGAGGUGCGCGACGGCGUCGCCGUGCUGGACGCGGGCAGCUAUGUGCGCGCCGCCAGCGAGAGGCGCGUGCGCAAGAUCACCGAGCUGCUGGAAAAGAAGGCCUGUGAGCUGCUCAACCGCUUCCAGGACUAGGCUCGCUGGCCUGGUGAAUAAAAGGCCUCCUCCCCAGUGCAUGGCCUGCUGGCGCUGGCGCCCAGGGGACCCGACCCUUGGGGCCCCUCCCUCCAUCUGCCCCUCAUCCCCAGCUGCUCCCCACCACCAACCCCGGGCAUCACCCCCUCCAGCGAAGCCUCCCCUGUCCCUGUGCUGGGAGGGCAUGGGCUUGCCCAGUGGCAGUUAGGCCCGCUGGGCCCUGCCCAGGCACCUGCCGCUGGGCCAGCCUCCUUCCCUCCCUCACCCUCUGCUGCCGGAGCUCCAGGCAGGCUGGGAGACCCCUGAGCCCUGACUCCCAGACCAGCCCACUUCCUGCCUCCAGCAGGAACCCGGGAAACAUCCUGCCCCCCGAAGAGGGAGUGCAUCCAGGAGGUGGCAUGGUGGAUGUGGGGCAGGGGGAACAGGACACGCUUUUAUUAGAGGCAGGCUGGGGUCCAGGCUCUCCCCAGCCCUGUGGCUGCUGGGUAAGACUCUCCAGAUGGGACGGGGCCAGGGGCUGAAGGUCUUGGUUGAGCCUUGGUGGGAAAGGGUCACUCCUUCCGGAAAAUCAGGCACUUGUUGUUGGCUGGCAUGUCCACCUGGAAGAGAUGCUUUGGCUGGGCAGAGCGGCUUCCAGAGCCCAUGAAGACACCCUGCCCCCAACAGCUGCCCGCCCCCACCUACCAUCCUCUCUAGGAGCAGGCCACUGGCCUGGCCCAGUUCCUCCAAGAGGGCUGUGUCCCGCAGACCCCACUCUGGGUUCCUGCCGGUAGCAAAGGAGGUGGAGUCCAAGCCUGGAGGGGGUAGGAGCACCCACCUGCCCUCCCAGCUCACCUGCAUCUAAGGACCAGGUCAAAGUCCACAUUGCUCUGGGGAGAGAUCUUCCCGUUGAUGGCAUAGGGCUGCAGGGACACAGUCACAGCUGUCUGUACCCCCAGGCUGGGGGCAGCCCCAGGAUAGGGAGUAGGCUUGUGGCAGGCUGGCGGGCCCCAAGGAGGAGGAAAGCCGAGGACCAGCCAGUGAGUGUGGCAGAGAGCCUGGCAGGUGAUGAGGAGGAGGGAGGCUGUGCUGGUGGGUGUGCCUGAAACCCAGAGGGGUGGGGGCUGCUAGGGACUCAGAGGAGCCCCCUCUGUGGGGCAGGACGGGCCUGGCUGACCAGGACUCGUGAUAGGGGCUGCCAGGACCUGUCCUGCCAGGGGAGGGCGCUCUUGCUGUGGUCCAGCAGGGGCACUCACCCCGUAGGUGAUCAGCAGCGCCUUGGGCUUGAGCAGGUGCCCUGCUGCUCUGAACAGGCCCUGGGAGGGGUGGUAGGAUGCAGUGAAGGGGCAGCCCCAGGCCCCGGAAAGAGCCUCAGGCCGGGGCUGGAGGUUCAGCAGUGGACUCCCAAGCCCCCAGCGCCCCAUCGGUGAUGUGUGCAAAGCGGGUGCCUGGCUCCCUCCCAGGGUGGGAUGAGGGGUGCUGGUGGCCUCACCCCGUGGGGCAAACGCCCCACGCCUCCCACAGACCUUGGUGCAGCUCAGGGGACUGAUGUGAGCCAUGUUGAUGCACAGCAGCAGGUCCAGAGACUGGGGCAGGAUUCCACCCCACUGCUCCCAGCCCCAGGUCACAUCCAAGUACAGCGGCGCCUUCACGUUGGACAGCCCCUGGGCCUGAGUGGUGGCCGAGAUGCUGUGGGAGGGCACUGCUGUGGGUGGGGGUCCCGGUCUGUACACCCACACUUCUGACGUGUCCCCCUCACCCCGCAGCUCUUAGGGGAGGCUGGUCCGGGGUUACACAGGGUGGUGGGAUGCAGCCUGGGUCAGC